AGCUGCCGACGAGAGAGUUGUCUGCUGGCGGAGGCGUUGCCUGUAGGCAGUGCGGUACGCGCUUUCCUCGAUUCUGCACGGUGACCGACUGCCCUGACCUCGGGGCGACGACGUUUGCGGGAAGAUGCUGCGCUGGCGCGGCUCCACCACGUCGACUGUGGCCGGAGCGCCACAGGGGGCACCGCAGGAGGACCAGAGUCCCACACGCGUGUCCCCGAAACGGAAGCAGAGAAGUACCCUGUCCGUGCUUCUGCUGCUGCUGGUGUCGCUAGCUAUUGGUGUGCUGGUGAUAGCACCUGCAGUCUUCUACGCAUCGCCCUGGAUUCGACGCCACACGGUCUUUCUCACCUUCGUCAAUCUGCCACCCUUCCCCCGGCUGAGCGACCCACGAUCGUACGACCUCAGGUGUGCACACAACUUCUACAUAGACUCCGAGGAGGCGGGUCUGCGCCUCGGAGCCUGGCACAUUCCACCGGCUUCCUCCGUGGAUCGGCUUGGCUGCCAGCAGCUAGACCAGGACUGGUUCGCACAUGACAAGCGGCCUGCAGUGCUGUACCUGCAUGGAAAUGGUGGUUCUCGUGCUGGUGGGCACCGUGUUAGCCUCUACAAGGUGCUGACCGGUUCUCUGGACGCACAUGUGCUGGCGCUGGACUAUCGGGGCUACGGUGAUUCCGGCUCGGGCCCCAUGGGACCAUCGGCAGAGGCGCUGGCACAAGACUCCCGCACCGCAUUGCGCUGGCUCCAGGCACGCACGACAGGCCGGCCAUUGAUCGUGUGGGGCCACUCGCUGGGCACAGGCGUCGCCAUACGCCUUAUGGAAGACCUGCAGCGCCGUGGAGAGGCACCACCAGCGGGUCUUGUGCUUGAAGCCCCGUUCGACGCCCUACACCGUGUCGCCGCCACGCACCCGCUAUCACUGCCCUACCGUUGGCUGCCCUACUUUGAGCUCACCUUCGUCGCGAGCCUCAAAAACGACCCCGUCGUCGAGUUCAACAGCACCACCCGUGCCCGCUCCGUCUCGCCCAAGCUGCCCGUGCUGGUGUUGCAUGCUCGUGAUGAUGCGACGGUGCCGUUCGCAUUGGGUGAGAAGCUGCAUGAGGCCUUCCGCGAGGCACGCCAGGGCAACCCGAGCGCGGGACCACUGCUACUGCACGCCUAUGAUGGCCGGUUAGGGUACGGCCACAAGCACUUGUACCGCGACCCGGAAUUGACUGCCAUAGUGGCCAAGUUCUUUGCCCUCGACCGCACCGAUAUACGGCCCUAGGGUGCCGACCUGCCGGCGGUAGCAUUACGCGAUGCCUUGAUGCCACGGGCAUUUUGGGGACGCCGGAGCAAUGGCCAAUUCGGGACCAACGUGCUUUCACUGACUCAUCUUGGUAAUGCGUGAUGGGCGAAACGCAUACAGUAUUCCCGGUUUCUCAGUGUCACGAGCUUGCAUGGUUGCCACGUCUGUGCCCACGAGCAGUUUCAUGAAUUUGCAAAGCGGUGGCGACUUAACGUUGUGUGCAGAGGCAGAUUGCUUUAUUUUACUAGUGCCAUUCAUAUCAGCUCCAGGGUGACGAGUCUAGAGCAGGGCAUUCUUUGCGAGUGUUUCCGAUUGCAGGUGCAAUGCGUGCUGAAGUGAGUGCCCAAGUCCAAAGAGAGAGUAAGUCGGGGGCCUACUGUUCAUAACUUGUACGUAGGCAUGUUACAGGGCUUAAGCUAGAUGUCAUGUGAAAACUUCUGAAUGACAUAUGCAUUGCCGUCCCAAGUCCAAGAAGGCGAAGAAUAGUUUUUGGCAUAAGUUAAAAGGUCCGCCGUUCUUAACUUAGACGUGGACUGUUUAGAGGCUUGAAGCCAAUGCAACAGUGUUUGACUGCGAGUUUGACUUCAUGAAGAUCAGCUGUUCUGUUUGUUGUACCAGAUGUAGCAUUGUUGUACCAGUGCCUUUGUGGUCCCGUUCACUUUUUGAAGCUUCCCCUUGUCAUGCAGUCUGCGUAUCUUGCAACAGACAGUCUGUGCGCAGCUGUAUUGGAUGUAGCAGUGGACUGGCGUGUCUUUUACCUUUUUGUUCAUGAAACUGAAGAGCGCUUGUGUGGGUUGUGUUUGUUGGCAUCCCUGUGCAGCUGUGGUUGUGUGAGGAGUAUGGGUUACUCAGAUCACUAGUCUUUUGCAAGAAUGACAUGGUGUUGUGGUUUUGCGUAACUCUGCCACCACCACUGGUGGCAGUGUCAAGCAGAAUAUAGAGUAGCUCAUGGAAAUCUUCAGGUGUGUUGAUAUUCAUAUGGGCGGCCGACACAUGCGUUAAAGGAGUACUGACAGAAAGUUUUGAAGCGUAGAUAAUGCGCGAGAAUGAUUUGUGUGGGCACACGCAUCGUCUGCAAAAUGUCAACGCCGGAUAUUGCUUGGAACAUAUUUCAAAUCAAUUUUAAAGAACGUGUGCGCAGCCAACUGCACAACGCAGCGCCUCGCAACAUUGACAUCAAGGAAGGAUUGUAAACAAUGAGAAAACGCCACGUCACGAAUUUUCAUUGGCUGCCAUGCUGCUUGCAUGUGCUCUUAGUUGUUGGUUGUAGUGGGACGCUUUCUGUGUCGCUGCAACUGCAGCAUUAAGCAGCAGUUUUUGUUGUGUCCGCAGAUUUUCCGCACUAUCAGCUUGACUCGUUGCACUGACCAUUGAAUGUGGCCAAUGCGAGGGUCUUGAGGUUCGUCCUCGCUGUCGCUGGCUGCAAUAUCAGAGCUACUGCUUUCUAGUGGGUCGAAUUGAAAGUGAUUGGCCACGUCUAAUACGGCAGCAACUCCCACCUGCAGCAAAUCGUCACUGCUGGACAACAACAAUGAGGACGUCAGUGGUGGCAAGGAUAUCGCAAAGCAAGGGCAGGCAUAGUAGACAAACUAGCAACACAAAGCUUGCACACCAGCUUGCGCAUUCGCAUUCGCGUUGAAACAUAAGUCAGAGGUUUUUGCGAUCACGUGCCCAUCUGUGUUUACAUUCCUUCUCUGGCCCAUCUCAUAGCUCUCUGAACCUGAAACUUGGACUGGUUGUUACGAGAAAACCUCCAAAUAAUUACCUGUCGUGCUCUGAAGUAAAUGAGGUUUCGUGGCGUGAUUACUUGGUGAUUAGCUUGUUGUUGUUAGCUACUUAUUAAAGCAGGAAAAAAUUUUUUGUCAGUACUCCUUUUAGCUAACGGGCAAAGAAAGAUAUUAAGUCCACAGAUGGGCUUUAGGCAAGUUGUUUGAGUGUUGGGUUAGCACCCAAAUGCAUUGUACGUUGAGCUCUCUGCAGUGGUUAGCAACCAUUAUUUGUGACUGGUUUGUGCACCGUUUUACGUUAUAUGAGCCUUGGCAGGUUACUGGCAGAAUACAUGGCAUGUACAAGUCUACAUUAAAGGGAACAUGUAAGUGAGCAUUGUGGAUCUGAUUACCACCGAGAUAGGGCAUAAAAGCUCACAGACUAGCUUUUUGUGUAUAAAUGUAUGUCCAGUAAAUUAUAUCGGCUGCUUUUUUUAAAUGAAGGCAAAGAAAAGUUCCAGUUAUAUUGGCUUUAUUAAUGAAUAAGCGUUCCCCUUAACAAUGGACCAUACUGCACAGACUCCCAGAUUAUUUUAAUUGUGCAAGCGUCAACCACGUUGCAUGUUAGCGUGUUAAAAUGGCUAGAAACAACGAGAUCGGUAAUAAUAUGCUUACGCACGCAGAGCACACUCUGAUGUAAGCGUCGUCUGCUACGCUGGACACACCCCCUUCCUGAGUUAUCAGUGCAGUCAUGUUCACACAAAAAAGCCGUUGUGAAGCAGAAAACGUGUGCGACUAAGGUGUGCAUCUGCGACACGAUUUUCAUAUUUCUUUCAUAUAACUGGGCCAAUACAUGUGCCAUAGAAUUGCAAUGGGAAGGGGGGGGGGGGUUGUCAGCACGUAUGAGGAAUUGUCUGUGAACUAUGGGUCUUCAGAGAUAACAAAGGUAGAACGUAUGCACUCCUGGAAUGAAUAGCAUAGCAGACAUCUUGAAGGGGCAGCGCAACAAGAUGAAGACAGAAGGCAGGAAUACAGGACAACACACAGGUGUGUGUUCUUGCCUUCUGUCUUCGUCUUAUUGCGCUGCCCCUUCAAGAUGUUCAACCAGUACCAACUCGCCCAAAUGGCGAUCCUUCUGCAUAGCAGAUGUUCGCACUAGUAGGGCAGAAUGUAUGUACGUGCCCCUGGAAUAAAUAGCAUAGCAGACAACGUUCACCCUAGAAGUUGCUUUGUGCACUUGCACAUACCAUUGCCGAUCUCACUACUACUCACCGAUAUAAGGCACUAGGAGGCUGUACAUUCAGUCACCAUAACAUUGUCCAGUUUGUGUGUUCUUUAAGCUAACUUUAUGUAAGCCUUUUGUGUAUAAUCAAAGGUAACAAAAUUUAAUUCUGGAAGAGAAAAUUGUCAUCCACCAGAAUGUAGCAUGAGGCUACAAGGGAUACCCGCAUGGGUUUCCCCGAAAGCUCCACGAUUGAGGACAAAUUUGCCCUGGUACGGGAUUCGAACCCGGGACCCAACGCGUUUCCGGGGCAGUUGCUCUACCAUCUGAGCUAACCUUGCCGAGAAACCCUUAUGGGUGCUACAUUCGGGGGGAUGACAAUUUUACCUUUCGUGACACUUCCUUCACCUUGCGGGAUUCCGCAGAACUGAUUUGCCAAAUUUAGAUUUUUAUUUCUCUCGCAAGUUGCAGUCAGUUCACGGUGCUGUGAUCAGAACACAAUAGCACUGUACUGUGUGUAGGAUCUGGCAUAAUCUCAUCUGAACUGUACCAAAGCUUUCAGAAAAGUAGGGUACCAAUAUUUCUGCUGUCUUUUUAUUUACCUAGCAGAGCUUAGCUCACGCUGUUGUGUAAGCCCUAUGAUAAAUGAUGGAGUGCUAACUGCAUGGGUGGAAUGUCAACUUGGUGAUAAUAUUGAAACUCAGAGUGGUGGUAGCUAUAGGCGUUAAUCAAAUUAUUUGAGGAGUGCCUUAUAGGAGAGUGUGCCAAGCAUAAUGCCCGUUUACUCCGCGAGUGAAAUGAAUAUGUUUACACUUCCUGUAUGUAAUAAAAAAAACAUAUUUUUGCAAUGUGCUGGUAAAAGUUAAUAAAAGAACACUGCAAUGUUGUGUAUUGGCAGUGUUCACAUGUGA